AACCCAGUAUGCCCUGAGACCAGGAUCCAUAUGCACAGUUACUAGCAGAGAACUAUGAAAGAACAGUUAUAGACAGUUAAUUUAUGUAAAGAUUUCGAUGGCAUUUGACUGGUAAACAAUGUAAUCAAGAGGGGAGAUUAUCCAAUCAAGGAUUGUCAGAAACACAUGGCAAGCAACUUGCAAUUUGUUUUUUGAGGCGCACAAUGGCAGCUCGCUCAAGCUACAAUGAAGAGAGGAACCUCCUUCGCAUCCGAGAGCGGGAGCGGCGGAAUCAGGGAACCUUCCAGGAGAAGGAGUUCUACCAGGAGACCGUUCCCCUGUUUGGGGAACCCUAUAAGACGAACAAAGGAGAUGAGCUGUCCAGCCGUAUCCAGAGGAUGCUGGGUAGUUAUGAAGACGUGAACAAUCCCAACACUCACCAGUGUUUGGACAGCAGCUUCUCAAAGGACCCUCAAUCUCACGUCGCCACAAAGUAUGGGCGGCCAUCUCGCAGCCGAGAGCGAGCGAAGCCUCCAUUCCAGAACCCUCCUCAGUACGGGGCGAGCCAGAGCCAGAGUGGUGGUCCGUCCCGUGGUAGCCACUCUGGCCAGCCUCUGAAGAAGAUCCAGGGUCCUUCCUCCUCCUACACCCAGUCCUCCCUGGAUCUCAGCCAGGGCCAGGCCUGCCCAGACCCACACCAGAGAAAGACUGAGCUCUGGCCAGACCUGAGGGAGUGUGCCAGUCUUCCUCCGGUCCUCUCCGCCCUGUCCCCCCCAGCCGAGCCCCUAUCCCCCCUACAUUCCAGUGACCCCAGCGGAUCUGAACACCAGGACUCCCCCCUGCACCCUGAGAGGCACCCGGCCUCUCCCCAACACCCCGACUCGCACUUCCCCAUGGUGUCCCCCCUGGAUGACCCCCAGAGAGACAUCCCGCCUCCGGCCAUCGAUGGGACUACCCUGCCCUCUCAGACCUUCCCUCCACCGCUGGCCUCCAAACCCAACCUGGUUAUGCCUCAGAAGCCCACAGCCUACGUCCGGCCCAUGGACGGCCAAGACCAGGUGACCAGCGAGUCUCCGGACCUCAAGCCUUCUCCAGAAGACUUCCAUGGGCAGUCUUAUCAUGAACCCUUACCAGACUUGAAAAGCACCAAGCCCAGCCUUUCCAAACUGAAGAUACCAUCACAGUCUAUAGAGACUCCGUCAAAUGAAGCUGACUGUGUGGAAGACAUUCUGAGGGAAAUGACCCACUCCUGGCCUCCUCUCCUGACUGCCAUCCAGACACCCAGCACAGUUGAGCCCUCCAAGUUCUCCUUCCCAGCCAAGGCUGGUUGCCUCUACUUUGUCCCCUCACAGGAAGCACAGCAUGUCCCACCUGCAUCUCCAGUACAAAAACACUAUGGAUCACCUCCACUAGCCCCGCCCUCCAUCUGUCAACAGAGCUCAUGUACGGUUACAGCAGCACAUUCCAGUGGGGUGGAGUCAGCCAGCUCCAGUGACUCUGAGAGCAGCUCGGGGUCGGAGUCAGGCAGUGAGAGCAGUGAGAGUGGGACAGAGGCCCCCCCACAGCCCCUCAGGAGUAGCAGCCCACCUGUGACAAAGACGGAGGGCCCCGUGGUAACUAACUGGCAGUUGAACAACUGGAUCCGAGUGAGCCAGCAGAACCCCAGCACAGAGAGCCAGAGUGACGCUCUACUGAGCCCUCUACCCAAACAGCAGCAGAGCCAUGAGGAGGAGACCAUUCCUCCCAGGGACUACAAAUCCCACACACCCCCACAUCGCCCAGAGUUCAGUGACGGUGAAGCCAAACCUCAACGCAGUGAAGGCGCUGCCCACAACCAGCAUGUCCAACACAAGUCCCCGGUCGUCUCGCACGUUGGGAACAGCAGCAGCAACCAGAGAAAGACAGUGGGGAACAAACACCCCUCCAGACCAGCCAAGGCUCCCCGCCCUGAAGACCCUCAGGCUGGGUUACAGGUGGAGAGUGUGGAGGUUGUCCCCCGUGACAAAGACUCCUCGUUCACAGACAGGCCAAAGGUCAAAACGAAAACCGGCCGCAGCAGCAAGAGCAGCGGAGCCAAAAUAAACAGUAGGAAGCCUGCCAAGCGUGGCGCCUCUGAGAAGAAGACCGAACAACCAGAGUCACAGGGUGGCCCCAAGGUGACUCUGGUGCUGGACUGUAAGAGGGAGAAGUCUCCUAGUCCCAGCCCUGCCCAGGAGGUAGACCAGCCAUCCCCAGCUGUGGUGAAGACCACCAGUGUCAGGACAGAGACCCUCCCGGCCCCUCAGCAGGGCCAAAAGAAUCCCCGGCGCCACUCUCUAGACCCAGCACACAAGGCCAAGCGGGAGUCCUCAGCCAAAGCUUCCAGGGUCCUCCAGGGGCCUCCACGGGCCCUGCUGGUAAAGAUAGAACUGAGCCUGCUGUCCAGGGUUCCCUCCCAGGGCUCCAGGCCUUCUUCAGGGGGCCAGGAGCCAGCCAUCAGGAAGGGACCCAACACGGCCCCAGAGAGGGGGGACACCAACCCUGCUGCCCCCAUCCCUACCAAAGUCUGCAAGAAGAGACCGGCUGAGAAGGAUGUGAAAACCGUGCCAAGGAAGAAGCCAAAGCUGCAGAAAGAUCUGAAACCCUCCUCUUCAGGUCCUGGUUCCCGCAAGUCUGAGACUGAGAGGAAGCGGUCUAAGGGGCCUCCUGUCCCUCUGCUGCAGCCCACCACCACUCAGGACCCUGGGAAAGGGCAGGGGGGCCACAAACGGCACGCGGUGGAUGCCCCAGAGCCUAGCACAGCAUCUGCAACCCACCGCAGGGACAGGGAGGCCUCCACACCUGUCAAGCACAAGAAGAGCGCUGGAAAACAACACACUGAGCAUGCCAAGAAAGCCCCCAAGAGCAGCGUUGCCUUCUCCGUGCCUUCCCAGCCCACCGGGGCUGCCCUGUCCUCCAGACCCCUGCUCCAGUUUGAAGACAGGCAGCAGCCAGUGGAGUAUCAUAUGAAGGAAGCCAAAACACUCAAGCACAAGGCAGAUGCCACGCCGGAUAAGGUGGGCAAAGCUUUCAACUACCUAGAUGCUGCCAUGUCCUUCGUGGAGAGCGGCAUCGCUAUGGAAACCGAUCCCCAGACCCCGAAGUCGGCAUAUACGAUGUUCGCCGAAACCUUGGAUCUGAUCAGGUUCAUACUGAAACUAAAGGGCUCUGUGAACCCCUCGGCCCCUGCUACAGACAAGGACUUUACAGUUUUAUGUAUGAGGGGCCUGUCCCUUCUACAGAUGGCCAUGUUUCGCUACAAACGAGAAGCAGCACUUAAGUAUUCAAGGACCCUCACAGAUCAUUUCAAGAGUUCCUUAAAGUCUGCAGCCCAGGCUCCUUCACCAUGUAUCUCAAAAAGCACGGGUACCCCAUCCCCCAUGUCUCCCAUGCCAUCUCCUGCCAGCACAGCCAGUUCUGGGCCGGGCUCCAACCACAGCAGCGGGGCGGGGGCAGGCACCGUCAGCACCGUGGCCAUUCCACAGGUCAUCCAGCAGGUGGCGUCUUCCUACGUCAACAUCACGGCACUCUUCCUGAGUGCUCACGACAUCUGGGAGCAGGCUGACGAGCUGGCCCACAAAGGCAGUGGUUUGCUGUCUGAGUUGGACUUGACUCUGGGCCCGUUGAGCCUGACGUCCACCAUGAGCUCUCUGGUGCGUCACACACGGCAGGGACUGCAGUGGCUCCGACUGGACACCCGUGAGGCACAGUGACCGCUUCUCAUCCCCGUCCCAGCCCUUGCCCUGUCGACGACGCCCCAGCCCUGGCUUGCCCUGUCCACAACAUCAUUUUUGGUUUUAUUUAUUGACGGGCCAUCAGAUGAAUGCAGGAUCCCAAGUCCCUCUACAAGUUGUUCACAUGGAUACCAAGUAACCUUUUAUUUCAUUUUCUCUCAACUACAUAUAUCUAUAUAUAUCUCACACACACACGGAUUACAUGCAUUUUCGGGUCCCUGUCCUCUGUUGGUCACAUUGAAGGGUCCAUCAAUAAACAAUUAUCACAUCCUCUGGAGCUCAGGGGGGGCUGAGCUGAAUAGGACUCCCUCCCUUUCUCAACAACGGGCCACACAGCCAGCUGACUGGCCCUGCCACAUCCCUCUGGGGGUCAGUAGGGGUGUCUCGCCGUGGAAAGCCACACCCCUCUGGCGGUCAGUAGGGGUGUCUUCCCGUGGCCUGCCCCACCCCUCUGGGGGUCAGUAGGGGUGUCUUCUCAUGGCCUGCCCUGUCUGUCUUGGAGGUCAGUGAGGGCGUGUCCCUGUGGGAUGGUUGUCUGAAGAUACCUGCUUUUUUUUGGUUGGGGUUCAGAGAGGCCUCUCACCUUUCUCCUGUGGUAAUGCAAAGCAGUGAUGACAAAAAGCUUAUUUAUUAGUCUCAUUAUCAUUAUCUUUAUUAUUAUAUCACUAUAAAUAUAUUGUUGAAGUUUUUUUUCAAAAGCGUUGAUAUGGCCAAUGUUUUACUUCACAGCCAACUUAAAAAGGUCCUAUAGAAGUGAAGGGAUCUAUCCAUCCCAGACACGUCUAUAAUAAUACUGGUCGAAUUCGGCAGGAUAUAGUUUAGUAUGUCUCUGCUCUACCAUAAAGUAUUUAAGUGACUAGAUGCAUUGUCCUGAAAUAUGGACGUCAGUAUUCUUGAAUGGAGACGACAGAUGGUCCUUGAUGCUUUUUGUGGAGAUAUAUUAUUCUUUUUCCCAUUUUUCUCUUCAAAAGAGAUGGAUUCUACGUGCCAGGGCGGGUCCACUAUGUUCAAUCAGUCAUAACAGAAAUAUGAUUUGAGUUGGAUUUCGUACUUACUUUCCCUUUUUAUCAACAACUGUUCAUCUGAGACAUUUAGAUAAGAAACCAAAUAGUCUGAUUUGACCAGUAGCACUGGUCCCUACUCUUCAGACAGGAAGCAGGAAGUAACUACCUCAUCUUCACUGCACAUGGGAAGCAGAGCAACGCUGUCUGAUGGUAGGGGAGAGAGGGAGGGACUGUGGCCUAAUGUGAUGGUUGUGAGCGUUUUCUCUAGUUCUGCAAUCUAUUCAGCAUACAUGCUUUUUAACACGCAGGCUGAAGCUGCGCAUCAAACCAGUUUUUAUACAGACAUGGCAUCGUUCAGUAGAUAUAAAAGUGCCUUAGAUGGGGUUUUUUAAGGACACUUGCGUCUGUCUUCCCAAAUGGAAUACUUAUUGAAUAUAUCAUCAACUUGUAUUGAUCAUUUACAAAGCAAGUCCCAUUAACUGAAGUCAAAAGUGGAUUGAGUAUGUGGUAGGAGUUUUGAAAGCAGGAUACUCUUCCCUUUACUAACAGCCAUGACCGUUGGAAAUGAUUCACUGUAGGACUGGCAACCUGUGAGGAAGCGUUGACAGGCUGUUUUGUUUACUUCCUUUGCGUAGCUCUGGUGUCACAUCCUGUGCGUACAUACGAUAACAGCCCAUGUCAUUUGAAAAUAACACUUGUCAACACAUCUAAAUGAUUGCUGGGGUUUUUUCUCCGUACGGUAGUCGAAAACUACAGUUUAUGUACCACACAGGUCAGCAGAAGUGACUGGGCAAAUGAUUGGCUAAAUCUUACAACUGGCCUUUGCCCUAUUGUAUCUCUUCAGUACCUAUUACCGCCAUUUUUAGACCACACAACUCCCUAGAUGACAAGAUGUCCCAAAUGGCACCCUAUUCCCUAUAUAGUGAACUAUUUUUGACCAAGUAGGCUACUAAUAUAGGGUCCAAUUUGGGACACAGUCAAUGUCUCUAGAGGAGUAUUAAUUUUUAUCAUGGACAUUUAUCUAUUCGUGGAGAUCAAAGAUUACCAGACGAAGACGAUGCCUUUCUGUAGAAUGAAUUGAUAUAAUUUCCCUUUUUAAAGCGCCCUGUUCAAUUUCUGUAGAAUGAAUGACUUGGUGUUUUGUUUUUCUGAUUUCAAAAAGGUGGUGGUUUGAUGGUAUUACAAUUACACACUUGUAUUUGAUUAAAUCAGUGGUUUAUUUAAUGUUUUAACAGAUGUUAUUGAUGGUGAAAUACUAGUGAUCCUUUAUUAUUUUGUAUCAGUCAAUCAAUAUUCUGAUAUUUAAGCCUAUAUACAACCCUGCCUCUCUCAUUUCAGCAUUAACACAACAAUGCUUUACAGCAAGAUUAAACAACGUGUAUCAUUUGCACUUGUUUCAGUGUAUUUUCGGUUUCCUUCAGUGUUCUCCUCCGGGUUGGACAGAAAAGACAACUUUGACGUGUCACAGUCCUCUUGCUUGUUGUAAGGCUUUGGUUAAGAGCAAUAAAACCGAGCGGUGAAUGCAAAACAAUACAUAGAACAUUUAAUAAAAUACUGUUUUUGAUGAAAGAUUGGAGAUUGGUUUACAUCACCAUGCUUUGCUUAAAAUUGACAAAAUCUGUGCCGUUUAGUUAAUUGAAUUGUUUUAUUACUAUACUGUUAAAAAAAAAAAAUUGGAGCUCACUGGAAAAGCUAUUUCUAUUGGCUGACAAAUAUAUAAGGGCUGCACAUGGAACCACAAAAGAAAAAUGGGUUUGUAUUUAUUUUAUCACAAAUAUGAACCGUAUGAAUAGAGUAUACUGGUACCAUGGCUUUAUAAAUAUAUAUAUAUAUAAUUUUCUGCUUUUUUCUCCAAGGUAGGCUGCUUUGUAAGUAAUCAAUCAUACUUUGAGUUACCCAACUUGGAUGUCAAACUGCACAUGAAAUGAAAUGUUGUCCUGUUUUGAGAUGACGUUCUACGUUUUGUACUUACUAAAACGUUGCUCUGGUUUCUGUCAUGUUACAUGUCCUUUUCAUAUUUUUGAAGGUUUAUUGUCAUGCUUCAUUUCAAUCUUAAAAAAAAAAAAAUGUUGCGCUUCAGUUGUAGGUAUUCUGUGUGCAGAAAUGUAUAAUUAUUGUCCAUAAAUAUAUGAUAUCACACUAAAAGGAACAACAUCACCUUGGUCAUUUACUGGGAAAAUGUGCAGAAAUCUUUUGUAAUUAAACUUUUUUGCCUUGUGGAAAUAUGUAAAUAGUUUGAGCUGCAAUGUACAGAGAUGUAUAAAGACUGAUUGACAAUGAAUUUUGGUUUUCUUUGACUCAAGUUCCUUUCCCCCAAAGAUGCUGUUUUGCAGACCUUUUUGUAGCUUGGCUGCUGUAGCUGAAGAUGAAUUGUUGAUAAUGUUUUAACUGGCUCAACAAUACAUCUAGACCAGACCUCUGUACUGUAAAAUGUUUGAGGCAAUAAACUUUGGGGAAAAUGUGC